AUGUCGCAACUCUCGAACACUGAUCAACAUGCCGACCCUGCCAUUGACAACCAGGCUGAGGAUCAACUCACUUUGCGUGCUCUUGUUACAACCAAAGAAGCCGGUGUUGUUAUUGGAAAAGCCGGCAAGAACGUGGCGGAACUAAGAGAUACCACCGGUGUCAAGGCCGGAGUGUCCAAGGUCGUCCAAGGUGUCCAUGACCGAGUCUUGACCGUCAGUGGUUCAUUGGAAGGUGUUGCCAAGGCUUAUUCAUUGAUUGCUCAAACCUUGUUGGACAACCCCAUUUCGCCUGCUACACCACCUAUUUCACCUGUGUCCUCCAGUGAUAGCAAUGGUGCCGAUGGCUCAGCAUCCUCCACGACCAUUCGACUUUUGAUUUCGCACAACCUGAUGGGUACAGUGAUUGGUCGUCAGGGAGCAAAGAUCAAGCAUAUCCAGGAUACCUCAGGUGUGCGUAUGAUUGCAUCCAAGACCUUGUUGCCUCAAAGCACUGAGCGUGUGGUGGAAGUACGUGGCACUGUGGAAGGCAUCCAUCUCGCUGUGUUGGAAAUUGGUCAAUGCCUGAUCGACGAUAAGGAACGGGCUUAUGGCACCAUUUUGUACAACCCCACCAAAGUCGAUGAACAACAACGUCGCACAUCCAUCACUCGCACUGGCAAUGGUACCGAUUUCGACAACCAGCAACAGCAACAACAACAACAACCCUCCUCCCGUCGUACAUCUGUUUCUUCCCAAUCGAUGCAAAACAACCCCAACAUGCGUACUCAGCAUAUUUCCAUCCCAAGUGACAUGGUGGGUUGCAUUAUUGGUCGUGGUGGUGCAAAGAUUACUGAGAUUCGUCGCUUGUCUGGAUCCAGAAUCUCUAUUGCAAAGGUGCCUCAUGAUGAGACAGGUGAACGCAUGUUUACUAUUCAAGGAACUCCCGAGUCGAAUGAGCGUGCUUUGUACUUGUUAUACGAACAACUCGAGCAUGAAAAGGAACGUCGCUUAAGAGGUGUGCUUCAAGAAGAGGAUAUCUUGGAAGAAGAAGAAUGA